AUGGUUGAACGGCCAGCGGGCCCGCCUGAAAUACCCCUAGGCCGCGUUCACCGAGGAGUACCUCAAGGAGAAGAAGGCGAAGAGUGCUCCAUGGUGGAAAUUCUGGGCUCACGCAAUAAGGCCGCCGCCGGCACUGAUGACGAAGCCUUCCUCGUCAAGGGGAAGAAGCUCUCCCCUCCUCGCCUAACGGUCCUGUGUGACGACGCGUCGGCCAAGCCGACCGGUUCGGAGCCCUCCCCAUACACCCAAAAGACGGCCUCUGAGACUCGGGUGAUGUUUGUCGCACCGCAGGGCCUCCCCCUCCCCCUCCCCCACACGCCAACCGAGGUUGACUCUGACAUCCUUUCGGCAGUCAAGAAAGCCCUCAAGGGCAGUGGAUAG